GAACUUGCAUGAACUUGAAUUGAACUUUGAAGUUGCAUCCAGUUGCAUCUUUAUGCCAUUCAGCUACCUCCUCUUUGAUGAGAUGCUUGUGACCAGAUGGUUAUAUCACAAAAAAAAUCCAGUUGCAUCUUCAGACUUCAAGUUCAAUGGUGGUCCCUUGUUCCUUGGGCAAAUCCAGGCUAGCGGCGCAGCUUAGUAGCUGCAAUUUGUCAAUUUGGCCAGGAUCAGCUGGUCAAAAGGACGAAUGACUGGUUCCCUUGGCGAUGGUGCUGCAGCACUCUCUGGUGAUGGGAGUUUUUGUAACACUGGCUCCGAAGUCAUUCUAUGUACUGUCAUAGAGCUUUGGGCGUCUUGCUAAAAGAGAGGAUCAAAGAGCCGAAGAACAGGUCACGACGUGUAGGAAGUGAGGCCAGCGUUGCACCACCCCAGAAAUUGAGCUCCACAAUGGAAGCAAGGGAGAGAAGUAUCAUUGUGAAUGACCCUGCAUCUUAUCACAGUGCGCUUGCGCAGCAGUCUCCUCUACUGAGCAUAAAUGAACCUGGCCAGCAAAAAGCUGACACUAGCCAGCGCUCUCUGCACCUUCCGCUGUUUGGGACCUUGAGGCUUUUUGAGGAGGACUUCUCUUUCCAAAGCGGCGUGGGAGUGCAUGCUGGAGGCCCUGUUUGGGCCCUGGACUGGUGCCCUGAGCAGGAGGAAAUUGCGACGAGCGACGAAGCAAGGCCUCAGUUUCUUGCGGUGGGCGUUCACCCCCCCAAUGUCUCCAACAUUCCCAGCGGAAAGGCUUUUCACGGCAAAGGUACCGUUCAGAUCUGGCAGAUCGAGGAGGCGCCGCCAGCGGCAAAAGCAGCCGCCAGCCGGAAGGGAAAGCAGAAGAUUCAGGAGGGAGCCAGUCCCAAACACAGGGUGCCCGGAAAGAGUCCCGAGGACCUCGCUAUGGAGGCGGUUCUUCCCACCGGCGCUUCCCUCUCCUUCGGCAUCGCACACGAGGGCUCUUUGGUCUGGGACCUCAAGUGGCGGCCCGCACGACCGUCGGCGUUCACGCAGAGCUCAGAGGAAACGGCGCCACAUCUAGGGCAACUUGCAGCGGCAUUGGGAAACGGUUCCGUGCACGUAUGGACUGUGCCCACUCCUGCCUCCGUGCCCCGACCGACCGGCUCGAGUGUUCCGGCCGAAGCCGCCGGAGGGGCCAAGAAACGGAAGCGGAAAGGGGAGCCGGCGGAAGCACAACCGCCGGCUCCUCCGGUUGUCGUAAGUCUGCCGAGCGCCGCGUUUCGAACGGGACACGCAACUUUGGGUCGAAGGCUUCCCUUGACGCUGGAGUGGUCCCCGUGCGCCCCGUCAAACCUACUGCUCGCUGGCUGCCACGACGGAACGGUGGUUCUGUGGCGGGUACCUGACACGAAGCCGAGCUCCUCAGACCACGUGUUCCCGCUCGCGUGCUUCAAGGCAGAGGACACGCCGCUCCGCUCGCUCGCUUGGGUUCCGCCGCACGUCGGUGGUAGCAACCAGCUCUUCGUCACGGGCGGCCAUCGGGGAGCAGUCAAGUUUUGGGACGUCAGGGAUCCCUUACAGCCCAUCUGGACUCUGUCCGUCGCUCGAAGCUGGAUCCUGGGCCUAGACUGGCUGGCUUCUCCAAGGUGCGUGACAGUGUCUCGAGACGACGGAUGGUACCAAGUCUACACACUGGACGGGUUCGGAGUGCCGCUGCCGGGCUGCCAACCGCCCGUGUCUGGAUCGACGCACGCUCACAUCCGAAAGUUGAGCGACGGGGCCCUUUGGGGAGCGGACAUCAGUCGUCUCACAGGACUCGUGGCGACGGGCUCCUCCAGCGGAGUGGUGUCUUUCUUCCAGUUGACACGUGGCUGGGUGUCGACGGGGCACGGUUCGAACCGCCACGUCCAGCCCGCGUACCGCUGCGCGGCGCUCGAAGCGGAGGACGAUUCUGGCCCGGUAAGGCUACGGCUGAGCGGACCGAACGAAAAUUUCGCGACUAAAAAGGAAGCGAACGAGGCCCUGCAUAACAACAGCACAGAAGGCCAGCCGGACGAUGCAGAUGCUCCCGGGCCUUCAAAGGUAGGAGCCACGCAACCGUCGAUGCGUAAACAGGGAAAAGGCACCAGCGGACAGGGAGGCCACUGGAGAAAGCAGCCUGUUAAGAUUGUCGGUAGCGAUCCAAGCACCUCCACUAGGAGUGGAGAUAACAAGGAAGCCGAAACGCACUUUCCCGCUCGGAAAGUAGCGGUUCACCGGGUGACGUGGAAUCCACAUAAGAGGUACGGGUUGUGGAUGGCUUGGGGCGGACGAGCCGGGGUGGUGUCUUGUCAAAGGGUUCGUUUGCCUCAGUAUGAAGCACUAGAUGAACGGACGUGAAAAUCUCCGCAAUUCCUCAGCUUCAAAGCUGAUCUCGUGUCUCGGUAGCUGCACUUCAACUUAUACAUAGUGCUAAAUUAGUCUGACGCAGUGACCUUUGAAAUAUAUGUGCACAUCAUUGACCUGAUAUGUAAAACAAUCAAGACAGUGGCGGCCGCGGGGCCGCGCGGCGCGCCUUGAUCGGAAGCCGAAGUCAC